AAUAUUACAGAAGACUGGGGUUUGGUCUUGAAGUUUUCAGAUGCAUCUGUAGAUGAAUCAUAACAGCACCAAGAUGUCGGGACGAUCAGGCCGAGCUGAGACCCGAAGUCGGGCUAAAGACGACAUUAAAAAGGUCCUGGCAGCCAUCGAGAAAGUGCGCAAAUGGGAGAAGAAAUGGGUGACAGUUGGAGACACGUCCUUACGCAUAUUCAAGUGGGUUCCAGUGACGGAGACAAAGCAGAUAUUCCGCACCAAAUCCAAUGGUGGAGAGGUCAGGGGCCUUAAAGAUGUGGUCAUUGAAAACACUAAUUCAAUGCUGGAUUUCACUGAUGAAAACAGCAACCAGAGCUUUCUGUCAGACGUUUAUCAGCCAAAACUUGACAACAGCAGCAGCACGUCCAGCUCGCAGCAGGUCAGCCCACCCCACACCUACAGUCUGCGGGCUGAAGACUCUCAGCCACCAAUGCUAGGACAGGAGAGCGUAGACGAACCAGUACAUUCAGGUCGGGAGGGUGCAGACGAGCCGCCAACGCUCAUCAAAGAGGACCCGCUUUCAUCAGGAACUGCCAAACGGAGAACCUCAGACACUCAGGUUUCCUACAUGAUGAAUUUGAUGAAUCGGGAGCGCCACCUUUAAAGAAGAUUUGCACAGGGGAAAAUACUGCCUUGAGAUAGCUUUUUUUCCAACCUGUUCUAUCCAAAUGCACAAAUUACCUGUUCUUGGUUGUUGUAAGAAUAGCAAAGCUUUCCGAAUAAUUCUGGUUCUCUUUAAAAGCAGAUAUUACAUUUCAGCUAAUAGGGAAAAAUGUUUUAGCCUUCUUUCUGUUUUAGUCUUUAGUGUUUUGUUGCUUGAGGUGAUUUGUUUUUAAUAGACCGAAGACCGUUUUCUAAAUUUUAUAUGUACAAGGCUCUUUAGGCAUUUCAUUUCAGAUGCUCUCAACAUAAAAUUUUCUAAGUUCUACUUUAGUUAGACUUUUGCAUGUGUCUAUAGCUAUUUUUAUGAACAUACUGGCCAUCUUAAAAAAAAUGUUUUUCAUGUGUAGCUUUAUGCAGAUUGAUGUUUAGAUGUUACUUUUUGUUUUUAAUUUGAUAUUUCCUGUGAUAAAUGGCUUAAAUAAAGUGCUUUUUAAAAAAAUGUUUAAUUCCUUUGUGGGCGCCACUGGCGCUCCAAAAGAAAAAAAAAAAAAACACAUCUCACUUGUAAGUUUUUUCAAUUUGUUAUAUGCAUAUCCAGUAGGUGGUAGAUAAAGUCGAUGACCCUAAGCAUGAUGAUAAACUAAAAGACGAUUUCGCUAUUUU